AUGCUCUCCGAAUUAUGGGUGGUCUCCGCGCUGUGCGCCGUUGCCCUUUCCGCUCCAACCUUCUCGAUGAGUGCCGUUGAGCGGCCGGUGGAGAUGAAGGUCCUGUCCGACUAUUUCCAGAUGCUCAGUGCAAAGGUACAAGAGGGGAAGAAGAUGGCACAGGCACCGGUGUGUGACCUGAGUCGGGCGGUUCUACCUGUGACGUCUUCCUCAACCCUCCCAGCACCUGAACCGGGCAAUACGGUGAAGCAUGUCGCUAUCGGACGAGGGACCCAGAAUUACACAUGUGACACCACAAAUGCAACCGCGAUACCUGUCGCCGCUGGUGCGGUAGCAACACUUUUCAACGCAAGCUGCGUGGCUUCCACCUACCCCGACCUCCUUUCUCUCCUCCCCAGUCUCGCCCUGGAGUUCAACCUCACUUCGCCCGACCAGGAGACUCUCACCCUUUCCGACCUUGCUGUCAGUGGACACCACUUCUUCUCCAAUGCCACCACGCCCCUCUUCGACCUCAACACCCAAGCCAGACAAUUAGGUCUUGUUCCUUGCAAAGGUGGCAAUUCAACAGCGGCUCCCAAAGACGCAGUUGUCGGCCAAAACAAUAAGGGCUUCGGUGCCGUUGCCUGGCUCAGAUUGCCCACACGGGACGGAGCAGGGAAUGUCCAGGAAGUUUUCAGAGUCAACACUGCGGGUGGGAAACCGCCAGCGGCCUGCGUUGGCAUGCCCGCAACGUUCGAAGUGCAAUAUGCUGCUGAAUACUGGUUCUUCCAAUCAUCAUAA